UUUCCAUCUGGUCCAUAUCCUGUCCCACAUCUCAGACAACAUUCCAGACCUGCGACACAACGACAGCGCUCUCAAUAUUAUUUACCUAUAAGUUUGCCUGUGUCGCCUCAGACUCUUCAAUUUAUCCCAAGACCAAUUCCUUCUCUCCUCAAACAGUAGCGACAAACGAGGAAAGAAAAACACCACAUCCACCCCUUGUCUUCUCUCCUUUCCAUCCCAUCCAACUUCAGUCUACACACACCACACCGCAACGAUGACGCAACUCAUCGCAAAGUAUGCCGCGAAGAAGAUGCUCUCUAGUGAGCUCAACAAAUACAAGGACAAGAAAGUCGGAUCACAAUAUGACCCUUUCUACGAAGAAAUCCCGCACCCUAGGAAGCCGGGCAAGACGAAGAAGGUCAAGAGACAGAUUCCUGCCUAUAUCCCCGAGCACGAUGCGAACAUCCUCGCCCGCGCCCGCAAGACCGCCUACAGACUAGACAUGUGCUUAUUCAAUUUCAUGGGUGUCCGCUUCGGUUGGUCGUCCGUCGUUGGUAUCGUCCCUGCAGUCGGCGAUGCUCUCGAUGCCGGGUUUGCUGCUAAACUCAUCUGGAGUAUGAGCAGAUGCACAGACGGCCUUCCAGUGACGGUGAUCAUAAUGAUGCUGUUCAACCUGGCACUCGACUUCCUUGUUGGUUUGGUUCCAUUCGUUGGCGACAUUGCCGAUGCGGCCUAUAAGUGCAACGCAAAAAACGUGCGCCUUUUUGAGGAGCACCUCGACAAAAAAUACAAAUCCAAAGAGCUUAUCGCGGAAGAGAAGAGGCUCAACAGAUUGAGUUACACGCCCGCGACCAUUUACGAAGACUUUUCCGAUGAGGAGGAAGAGCGCCGCAACACCUUCGCCGACGACCACGACGAAGUCCGGCACCCAACCCGUGCAUACUCUGGUCGCAGGAACGAGAGGAUCCGCGACGAGGAAAUGGCCAUACCUUCGAGGAACGACACCCACCGAUCGCAACGCUCUCAUCGCGACGGCCCGAGCCGCAACAACACAAGGGACAGCAGGAGACAUUGAAGCCCUGAAA